GGAGGACACUUAUUCUCCUAAUAUACUUGCCAUUAAAGACCUACUGUGAGAUUCAACCUACUAUUAUAUUGACACAUUCCAUUUCAGGGAGAACUUCAGGAUCAAGAGAGUAUUAAUGCAGAAAGAGUAAAGGAGAUGAACGAUUACUGCAAGAUCUUAGACAAAAAUGAAUCAUUUUAUAAAAACCUAGACAUGCUAAAGGUCCCUCCAAGUCGUUUAGGUCAUUUAUACGUGAAUGACAAAUAUAAAUUCAUACACUGUAUGAUUCCGAAAAUAGGGUGUACGAACUGGAAAAGGUUGUUUCUGGGAUUAGCAGGCGUCAAGUCUCCGUUUGUGCGUCAGCUGUCUGUUCACCGGUCCCCCCGCGUUGCAAGGAUGCGGUUAAGUAACUACACGCCAGACGAAAUAGCAUACAGGUUGCAGCAUUAUACCAAAUCCAUUGCAGUCCGUGAUCCUAUGGAGCGAGUAUUAUCAGCAUUUCGAAGUAAACUUAGUUCGCCAGGUAAACGGUCCUUCCAUGAAAAAUACGGGGCUGAAAUUUUGCAAAAAUAUCAUCCCGAUUUGCCACAGUAUGUUUUGGACAAAGGAAUGGGUGUGACGUUUCAAGAUUUUGUGCACCACCUCACACACCCGAUGGAUUUCCCGGAUCUAAAGCCUACGAAACGCUAG